AUGGUUUUUAUCCUUUUUAGUGAAAUUGAAGAGGCUCGCCAGCGAGAGUGGACUUGGCAGCAAGUUCGAUCAGCUGCCCAGCACAAUCCUCUUUAUAGUCAGGUUCUUGGCUUCUCACAAGAUGCUGAAAUGACCCCGGCGAUGCUCUUGCUCGAGCUUGAAACUACUCCUUCAUCUCAGCCCACCCCUUCGUGUUCUAUUGCACAUAGAGGAGACGACGCUUUCAUUAGAACACUUUCUGAGACAGGCCGAUCUUCAUUUUCUCCACUCUCUGCUCCUCCAGAUGGAUUCUGUGGACAGCAAGAUUGUCCGCAAUCUCUAAACUCACUUCAAAAUAAAGAUGAAUCCUCCGUAACCGAGGUGUCAGCCGACACCAACACUAUUGAUGCUUCUGGUCUAUUGGCAUCUGGGGAUGCGGCAAACGACCUGCAGGCUGAUGUUACCACUCAGGUAUACAAGGUUUCAGCAAGCAAGGACUUAGCCUUUCUAAUUUAA